CACUAUUGGCGAGACACGUCUAGCGGCCGUGAACUUGGUCGUCUGUUGGGCGUAUUAAGAAAUGUAUUCUCGGGGGUGGGGCAAUUUGUUUUACUUGUGGGUUGUAUCUUCUACUUCUACUUCUACGACGAUACUCAGCAGGAUCCAUAAGUCAGGAUGUAUAGUGCUGAGGAAUAAACUAUCUAGUUCUUGGUCUAGAUGCUGGGUGGAAACGCUCCCUGAUAAAAUCAGCCCGGUAUAUGGGCAGCCCCGCUUACGAAUCCAUCGCUUACCGUAUAUCGAUGUAAGGAUGGAGCGUAUCGAAAUGGUUAACUAGUCAUACAUAAUAGAACAUGACCCAACGCGUGGAGGAAUAUGUUGAGUUAAACUUGAAAUUGAAUGAUUCGAUUGUAUUUUCCGCCCGUCAUAACACGAUCUUCUGGUGCCAGCUGGUAGAGUGACACGUUCAACGUGCUAUGACGUUGUGUUAUGAACAGCUCUCGAUCAUUAAAAACGAUCUGAAACCUGGUCUCUCAGCACCAUUGUUAAACUCUAGCUGUAGCGUAUGAAAUUAUCCGAUAUGGAUGGGGAGAAUAAAGACACAGAUGAGGAAGUGAACUGGUUAGACUGUGUAUCGGCCAUUGAAACUGACAAAGGAGUCGUUUAUUUUUGUAACAUCGAGUACUUUUCGCAAGAUGGAGGCACGAGUACACCCGACUCCGAGCAAUUAGGCACUUCUUUUGAUUUCAGACGGGCUGAACAGAAGCUUAAGAGGAUAAUCAAUGAAUUCGGCGACAAUGACACAUGCAAUCAGCAACAUAAUGGUUUGGACGAUACGGAAGAACGGGUAGUUGAUAGUGUGGCAAUUAAGCCUCUAUUAACCCCCGUGGCUGACUUUGUCUCUCGAUUUCACCAAGGUCUGGGAUGUUUUAUGUAUUCAAUCACCGCGUACAAUCCGCUAGAUACCCAGCAAGACACCGUCCAGAAUUGCCUAAGCAAUCAGCUACUCCUGGCAGAUCUUCGUGAAACCUUCACGGACUGCGAUAUCUUCAAGAACUUCUCCUAUUUCCCUGGCAGACCGCAUCACUUCGAGCGGGGAUUCACUGUAGUUCUACCCUUGGCUUACCCGAAUGAUCACGAAGGCAUCCUCCACAAUCUAGCCUUGAAGUACAGGCAAGCGGCGUAUUUCAAAUGCCGUAUUCUACCUAAUGGCAGGAGUACUCAAACCAUCGUGUUGCUUGAGGAGUAUGUUAAAGAGGUCCAGGAGAGCCUGGUUGUGGUGGAGAGAUUGGGCUACCAUCCCGCAUAUCUUACAAGAAAGAACAACAAUGUGUUUCAUGGAUUUCGUGAUGCUAUGAACAUACUCUCCAAGUGCGACUAUCUACCCGAGGCUGGUCAAUUAAUGGAAAUAGCCCAACAUCAACUAGCAGUGUUACCAGCCUGUAACCAUGGUAACCAGACCCAGUUGAAGCAUCCAGUGAUUGUGAUGGAGGGAACAUGUGAUGCAGGUAUUUCUAAUCACAGCUUGCGUCUCAGCAAUGCCAUCGGUGGCACUCACCUCAAGUCUCCGCCAUCUUGUAUCCAACACCUUAGGGAGACCUUUGACAAGCAGAACAAACUGAUCCAAGCAGCUUUCUACACUGUAUGUAACUACAUCCUAGGAUCCCAAACAGAAGAGGCCAGAAAGGAUGCACCUGUAGUGCUAGACAGGUUCUGGAACAGUACUGCUGCUUUCUCCAUAACAUCGGAUGUUGGAAGAGGGGUAUCCAACCUCCCACCUAAGGAUCACUUUGUCUAUGACUGGCCCAUGGACCUCUUCAAACCUGAUGCAGUCAUCCUAGUUGGAUCCAAAAAGGCCAUCCGAAACCAGAGUGGGGGUAGGAAGAGUAGUGGUGAACGCAUCACCAAACAGCUGAUGUUUGAAACGCUAAGACGUAUGAAGACAUCAUCAUGGAUCGAGGUGGACCGCAUCCGAGACCAGUGUCAUUCAGAUGAGGCUGUAACCAUGGUAAUCAUUGAUAAACUUCAUUCCAAAAAGAUUGGCAACUUCCGCGUAGGCGCCAAAGAGGAUGGGAUAUGCCCUGGCACAAGACUUCAUCCAACACAGGAACAUGACACUCUACCCGUUGGCGGACUGGAAUCGUUAACGGAACACUCGGCUCUUGAAUACAUCGGUUUCCUGUAAAUUUUAUUCUGGAAAUUUCCUCCCUUCUCUUUCCGCUUAUAACACGUUGUUUAAGCUUCUAACAGCCUUCCACUCAAAUGGACUUUAAGCGGAAUGAUUUUUCCCACGCGAUUUCUAGCUGCCUUUUGCGGGGAGAUAAUAUCUGUAAAGAGCUUUGAGAAGGUAUACCAUAUUUUAAGCACUAUAUAAAUCCAGACUUAUUAUCAUCAUCGCAGAUAGGGAGACAACUUGCAUCUAGAAAGCUCCUAUUCAGACUUUGAUCAAUACUUUUAAAACUCUUUCAAGUUCCUUCAUUCGAAUUGAAAUGAAUUGUCAAUCGUUCUAGGAUCCCCCCAUGCAAUGGUAUGUCCAGCGUUGAGGGCGUGUUGAGGGAGUGAAAGAAGCUUAGACCUCAUGUAAUAAACUCCUCAAGAAAUAGAACUUUUCUCUAUCAUGACGUGUCAUAAUAUUACGGAGAACGGUACACGGUGGAGGUGUGGUGGUAUAGUGGUUCGUUUGCUUGACUCUAAUUCCCAGGGUUUAGGAUGCGAACCUCGCGCGGCACUAACAUCCUUUGUCAAGACAUUAUUUCAAGAUUGCCAUCCCCAUCCAGGUAUAUCAUUAUUGUUAUUUAUUUAACUUUAAUGUUUAUAUUUGUUAUAAUUAGUGAUGUUGUUGUUGUUAUAAUUAUUGAGAGGAGUGGCCCUCCCAGCAUGUUGCGAGCCUGGUCACGCUUAAACAGAAUGAACUGAAUACAAAGAAUGGGUUAUUAAUUGACGUAUGAGCCAACUGCCUUUACUAGGCUAGAUUUGAGAAGGAAGUGGCGCUUCGUGAGCAACAGAUCUAAAUAGGCUAAUGUUUGUAAAUAUAGCAAUCACGUUGUUAGUCACAUGAAUAACAACGUGAUUUACAUCUUAACAAAUCUUUGGCCCGAAUUCGGGCCAUUAUGUUGGUAGCAUUCGAUAUUUAUUUUUGGUUCCAGUAUAUCCUUGACUCAUUCCGUGAUUGAUUUAUUUAUUUCAACAAAAUAUAAUGAAUGAAAGUGAAGCUCUGCAAAGUUUGACAUUACCGCAAUUCAUCGCAAAGGUUAAGCAUAAUAAAUCAUUGUUUGAAGGAUAUAUCGCCGUUAUUUAUAGUUCUUUACGCCCAUUGACAUACCGUGAUUAAAAAAUAAUAAAUCAAAGUGAAGCUGUACAAAGUUGAACUUUGAUCUUUACAUUAUAUCAGAAAUGUUACCACUAUGAUGGUUUAAUUAAAAGAGAUAUUUGUUAUUUGUCACUUGUAUUUUUUUGUCUUCCACUUUAUCAAACAUUGAAUAUUUAGUUUGAAUGCCAAAAUGACUUCUGUUGGACACAUGUUUACGGAGAGACACCAAGGUAGUAUUAGAAAGACGUCAGUUUUGAAUUAUAAUGCAUUAAGUAAAUAUCAAUAAAUGAGAAUAUAAUGCAAUCGAUUUACAUAACUGAAUUGAUGAUAUUACUUUAACGAGUUUAUAAAGUGUAUUGUUAAUCCAUAAUAAAUGAGAGAAAAAGAAAACAAGAUGGUAUAACAAACGAUGAAUGAAAUCAUGCAUCACAAAUAUCGCAAAAUAAAUAUAAACAAAAAGGUGAUUAAAGCCAGUUUGCAUAGCUA